GGGGGGAGCCGUUAGCUUGGGGGGGGCAGGCGGGCAGUUUGGGGGGCAAACGGUUAACGUGGGGGGCACGCGGUUAAUUUAGGGGACCGGCUUUGGCAGCAAUAAAAUUCACUCUCUCGGGAUUUCAGCGCAAUGCAACGAGCAUCGCGGCUGAAGAGGGAACUUUCCCUCCUGAGCACGGAGCCCCCUCCUGGCAUCACCUGCUGGCAAAGCGGGAGCCGCCUGGACGAUCUCCGGGCACAAAUUUUAGGAGCUGCAGACACACCAUAUGAGAAAGGAAUAUUCAACCUGGAGAUAGUUGUUCCUGAAAGAUACCCAUUUGAGCCCCCAAAGAUUCGCUUUCUGACCCCUAUCUAUCAUCCUAACAUUGACUCUGCUGGAAGGAUUUGCCUGGACGUUCUUAAGUUACCACCAAAGGGCGCAUGGAGGCCUUCCCUGAACAUCUCCACGCUGCUCACCUCCAUACAGCUGCUGAUGGCGGAGCCCAACCCUGACGACCCUCUCAUGGCAGACAUAUCCUCAGAGUACAAGUACAAUAAGCAACUGUUCUUGAUAAAUGCCAAGGAGUGGACUGAGAAAUAUGCAAGCCAGCAAAAGAGGGCUUCCAAGGCUUUAGAAGAGAAAAACCAGAGUGAAACAAGUACCACCAGUGAAUCUAUCAUGCUGAAAAGAAAAGGGAGUAAUAUCACCAAGAAGGAGAAGAAAUCUCGCCUGGAGUCUUAAGUGAUUUUUGUUUCUGGUGUGGCUGUCAAUUUUGUUUUCGCUGUCUUUUUUUCUUUACACAGGUAUAGCUAAAUAUUUUAAUAUUAAUAGUAGCAGGCUUUGUUUUUCUAUUUCCUAGGUGCUUUUCUGUCAGAAGUUCUAUUUUAUAAAUAAAAUAUAAAGCUU